GAUGUGUGUAAGCUGCCAAUCAGAUUAAAAAAAAAAAAAUACUCUUCAGUUAAAGUAAAAUAUUAUCCACCAAAGAUAUGUCACAAACAUAGGUACAAAUAUUACUAGUAUGUGAUAUUUAUUGGUUUAAUAUUUUUUAGAGUGAAAUUUUUGUAAAAUUGAAUUUUUUUAAAGCAUACCUAUAUUCUAAUAAUUGUAUUUUAAAAGCGAUAUAAACAAAAUUUUAAUCCUGACUGUACUACUUAGUGAAAACACGGCCUAUUUCACUCACGUUUUUAUAUUAUGAUAUUUGAACAAGACGCGCCUCAGAAAACUGGAACUUUGGGGCAAGUGAAACUUCACUGCGACUAUUUACAAAAAUGAGGAAUUACAAUUUUAAAUAUAUAUAUAUAUAUAUAUAUAUAUAUAUAUAUACAUAUACAUACAUAUAUAUAUAAAUAUAUAUAUAUAUAUAAAUAUAAAUCAUAUACACGUGUGAUUAUAUACACACGCACACACACACGUAUAUAUAAUAUAUAUACAUACAUAGUUAGCAGAACAUAAUUUCUUUUCCAGGUACAUUCUUCACCACGGUUUUUGUACUUUGUACUAACUAGUCUUCAGUAAGCUUUAACAGGCCCAUCAUACAAACAAUAAACGUGCAUUUUAACCCAAAGCACAGGUUACAAUACAUUAUCACCUUUUCCACGAAAUGUAACAUUUGAAUGUCAUUGUUUGUUCUGUUUAGCUUAAGUGCGUUUUUUUUUAAGUAGGGAUUCAUUGUUCUACUCAUCGACAGUUUCUGUGUUUCUAUUCCAGAAAAAACAUGGUCGGGAACCACUUUUUAGGCUGGGAUCGCCAACGGUCCGCUGAAUGCAAGACAUAAGCGAAGUUCUGCGAAAGGAUUAUAGCAUCUGGGUGGCGUUUGAUGCGCUUCGUUCCCCCGCUGGAUUUGGAAUUAUCCGUUUUCUGCAUAAUGGAAGGCCGGGAUUUCGCUCCUCCGCCCCAUCUCCUGUCUGACCGCGGCGCGCUGGUGCACCGCGCCGCUUCUCGGAUUGCUCCUACCGGCCACGGCUCCGUACAGCAUCCCGGUCAUUUUCAGCCUGGAAAAUACUAUCCGUCCCCGAUACCCAUGGCUCCGCACUCAGGCAGCGGGCUGAUGGGAAACUCCUCGGCCUCCUUCAUGGGGACGUUCCUGGCCGGGGGCCUGGGUUCCCCCCCCUCACAUGCGCCCCAUCCCUCGGGACCCCCGUCGUCGCCCUCCUCACCCCCCUUCCGUGGGGGACCCCACUCCAGCGCCUCCCAGAUCUGGUUUCCCCACUCUCAUGAAGCCGCCCCUGGGUACCCCCGCUUCUCUGGGAGCCUGACUCCUACCUUCCUUCCCAUGAGCCACUUGGAUCCCCACGGCAACAGCAGCGUUCUGUACGGCCAGCAUCGCUUCUAUGACCCUCAGAAAGAUAACUUCUAUCUCCGAAGCCUCCCGUCCCAGCCGCCCCUCCUCUCGGCCAAUCAUAGCUUCCCGCCCAUCUCGCGGACCGCGCCGGGACACCCCUUGGGCUCCUGCAGCAGGGAGCGGGACCCGGGGGGUGGGGGUGGGGGCGGCCCCCAGAAGAGCUUGAAGGAGGGGGUGCCAGCAGAGCGUGGGGGCCUGCUGAGCACGAAGGACAGGGACCGGUCAGGCGGUAAGCAGGAGGCGAAGGACAGGCUGUCACAAGGCCUGCAGCUGCCCGCGCAGCCGCCCCUCCAGCACCACCCGCAGCACCACCCCCACCCACCGCACCUCCAGCACCCCACGUCCCUAGAGGAGGACAGCAGCCGGCAUAAGGAGGACGGCCUCCCCAGGGCCAAGCAGCUCAGCGCCUGCCUGCUGGGCGCCAAGAUGCACAACGGGGAUGUGGGGGCCUGUGCCACGGGCCCCCUGUCCAGCUGUGGGGGGGCCCAAGGUCGGCAGGGGGCCACCGGGGAGAGGAGGGAGCUGCCCGACUGCCUGGAAAGGGGUCAGGUGCUGCACCACGCCAUGCCCUACUCCAUGGCGCCCCCUCUGGCUGGGGGGGGCAACACAGGAGGCUUCCACUGCCUGCCGCUGCAUCCCAGUCACCCCCACCAUCCGCAUCACCCUCACCACCACCAUCACCACCACCAGGAGUUCUACUGCCCACCCCUGCCUGCCCCACACGUACACAACAAGGGACACGCCGGCGACGGUGGCCACGAGCUCAAGGUGACGGGCCCCACCUUUGUGCCAUCUGUGGGGCACCUGGGCGACAAGGGCGGGGGGCCGUUCCAGCUUGGGAACCCCGGGUGCCGGGGGGUAGGCGGCGGCAGCGUAGGCGCCAAAGACAAGGUGGCAGAGAAGGGUGGGGCCAGUACUGGGGGUGGGGCACUGAGUAGCUGUCAGAGGAAACAACAGCAGCAACAGCAUACGUACGAGAAGGCUGACAAGGCACCGGAUUGGCUGCAGAACCAGCACCAUCACAUCCUGCAGCAGGCCCAGCUCCCAGGCCGCGGCCGAGGCGGGGACUGCGUCAAUGGCGCUGACGUGGACGUCUUCCGGCCCUCCCUCCCCCAGGGGGCCAAGGGCGGCCCCUCAAGCAAGAGCGGGCCCUACAUCGGCACCCCCCCCUACCGUGACUGCUCCCAUUCAAGCUCCACCCAACCCACCCGGCCCCAGGAAGGAAAGGGCAGCGGGGGGGCCGGGUGCACGUCUCGGGAUAGCCAGAAGGUGGCGCGCAUCCGGCAUCAGCAGCACGCCCGACCCGACCUGGGUCCGGACGGGCCGGAAGCCAAGCGGAAGCCGGACAUGGCGUCCUUCGCUUAUGGAGCACAGCCGCCUCCCCCUCUGCCGCCGCUGCCGGCGUGGCCUGUGCGCUCCCUCUGCAUCCCGGCGGAGGAGGAACAGCGGAAGGGCUACAGGGACCCCUUCGGCAGGGGGGCGCUGCGGCAGGCGGAGCAGCAUCUGGGGAUGGCCCCCCCAGAGACGCAGGGGCCGGAGGGGGAGGACAGUGCCAUGAAGAGUCUGUUGCAAUACAGCAGCCAGCAGCAACCCCUCCUGCUGGCGCACAAGAGCCCUUUUGGUGGCCUCGGCUGCCUCCAGUCUGCCCCGGGGUGUGUGGCUGAGGGCGGGGCCCGUUUCAGCGGGGGCGGGGCCCGGAGCAGUGGGGGUGGGGCCAGCUGCGUCCUGCAGGAGGCAAAGCAGAUGCUGCCACCCAGGAAGGGUCCACCUGCUGACAGCGACCGGACUGACUGCGGCGGCGGGGGCGGGAUCAGAACUGGCCGGGAGCCUGGGGAAGCCCCGCCCACCACCGGGGAAGGGGAGGUGCGGCAGCCGCCGGUGGGCAUCGCGGUCGCUGUGGCGAGGCAGAGAGAGCCGCCAUCCUGCCAGCCCUUGGAUGGUCAUCCGGGAAAUGCUCGUCAGGGCAGGGUGAUGCCCGGGAUGAAAGGCCUGCCGAGGCCGGUGUUCCCGCUGGACCGGGAUGCAGAAGAGGAGCGGAAGCGGAUGUGUGAGGAGCCGCUGGGCCUGGCCGGCCUGGACCGUGAGCGGGGGGUGCUCCUCAGGGACAACAAAGAACGGGUCGAGUUUGCCAGGAUCCACCCCUCCAGCAGUUGCCAUGGCGACCUCACCUCCCACCUCAUGGUGCCGAGCGGGACCUCUUUACAGGCCAGCCAAUUAGGGGCCGACCCUACUGCACACGCCCACCCUCCUCAUCACCAUUGGAUGCCACGGACGGGAAGUCCAUCCUUAUGGAUGACGGGACAUUCUUAUGGGAUCAGCCACGCGGCCCUGCACCAGAACCUGCCCCCGGGCUUCUCGGCGGCCAUGCCCAGCCCCCUCCAGCCAGUUCUCCCCCUCCCCCAGGAUCCCCCCACGCAACUGGUGGUGCUGCCCGGGGAGCCCGCCACGCACCACUUGGAUGUGAUGGACCAGCCCAGUCUGUGGCCCCCUGUUUACGGGCCCCGGGUCCCCGCCUCUCACAUGCAGCACCCUGCUGUGUACUCUCGCUCCCAGUUUCUACGGCAACAGGAGCUGUACGCUCUGCAGCAGCAACAGCAGCAGCAGCACCGGACGACGCAGGUCACAGAGCUGCAGCACCGGAGCGGCCACAGCCAGAGGAAGAUGGGGGACCCUCAUGUGGAGGUGGACGACCUGCUGUCAGAGCCCAGGACCCCCAAACCCACCAAGCCCUUCUCCCUCACCCCUUCCAGCAAGAGUGCCCCCUCCCCCGGCUCCUGUGCCUCCCGCCUCUCCCCGUGCUGUGCCUCGCCCUCCCUGCACCCCCACGGCAAAGCAGCGGCCGCCACCCCCCGCUCUCCUGCCCUCAGCCCCACCCCAUCUCACCUGUCGAAGGGAGUGGAAUCCCAGGACAAGCGUGGCAAAGGGCAGCCCCCCCAAGACUACCCAGAAUCCCUGGAACCUGACUUACCGCCUGGCUACACAUAUCCGGCCAUGGGCUACCGGGGUGGCCCCUCCCCCCAGGACGUCCGAUUGGCUGAGCCCGCCGACCUGGAGGCGGUGCAGGUUGAGCCGACGGAGCCGGGACCACAAUCCCUCCCGUUUGCCCGGGCAGGGCAGGACCUCGACAAUGACAGAGAGGAGCACCCCGAUAGGACUGCUGAGGAGGAAGAAGGUCCCCGUGGGGGUGUGGAAGGGCGGAGGACGAGGGACGACCUGCAGGGGGAGCUGUUUGUCUGCCCUGUGGCUGAAGUCCCGCCCACCGGGCCCAGUCUUCUGGCCUGUCCUGCAGGGAAGGAGUCCCUGGCAACAGAUGCUUGCCAAGAGGAACCGGACAUGGUGGGAGCCUCUGAGGAUGAAUGUCAGGUGGAGGAGGCGCAGGCGCAGGCGCAGGCGCAGGUGGAGACGCAGGUGGAGGCGCAGGUGGAGGAGAUCCAGGAGCAUGAGGAAGGCCUCUGGGACCAGCAUCCGACUGUGGACAUUUCCACCGAUACCUUCUCCCCUGGCUCAGCGAGGGAAGAGGAGCUGGUGACCUCCGGGGAGGGUAUGAGGGGGUCAUCGGGGACCCCCCCGGCGAGCCCCGCCCCCAGCGCGGCCUCCUGCCCCACACCCUCUCACGCCGUUGCCCGCUGCAUCUGGAGGCUGGAGCUGCUGAUCGCCGCCGCCCUCUGCGGUGACCCUACCCCAACCCCAACCGCCCCCCCGCAGCCCCAUGGGCUCUUGGCUUGGGCUCCCCACCGCGGCAUGGAACUACUGAGCGAGCUGGCCGGCCUGGAGCAGCAGCAUCAGCAGGGCGAGGAGCUGCUGACCUUUGACCUCCAAAGCCUGGCCACCCUGGCGGCUGCUCGAGCCCUGGAGCUGGAUGCUGGGGGCCACGUGGGGCCCAGAGCCGAGGCUGGGGCUGGGAGGCCUGGCUCCCUGCGGAGGACCCUCAACCUGCGCAGAAAGUGCAGCUGGACUCCCCGACACGAGCCGGUGUGCCCGACGAAGAUCGCCAUGGAGACGCUGGAUGGGCAGGAGCUGGCCAUGCGGGUUCGGCUGGCUGCCCUGCAGAGGCGCUACAAGGAGAAGCAGAAGGAGCUGGCAAAGCUUCAGAGGAAGCAGGACCACCAGAAAGAGGAGACUUCUCGAAGCCCAGCUCGCCGCGGACCAGGCCGUCCCCGGAAGCGAAAAUCCACCCCCAGUGCUGGUCCCCCCGUCCCCACAGAGGCCCCCAAGAGAGCCAGCUCUCUGGGGGCGGGGUUCGGCUCGGCCGGCGACGACACCCAGGGGGGCAGCGACUCACAGAGGAAGAGGACCAAGCUGUCCAGCCGUGCUUUCGCCCACCUGGGGGGGACACAGAUGAAGGAGGGGAGGUCAAGACCUGGGAUCCAGCGAGGGGUGCUGAGCUCCAAACUUGCACGCAAGGUGUCACAGCUAACACGGAAGGCCCAGACCAAGCAGCACCCCCUCACGGGGGCCCACGGCCGGGCCCCACAGCCAAUGAGGGCCAGUGAUUCUGGUGGCCAGAGCGACACAGCCAGCGGAGAUGGGGGAGUGACUCAGGAGGGUAGGAGGGGGGGGGAUGCACAGAUGAAGAGCCCCCUCCACUUGCAGGCCACUAGCCGUUCAGGGAACGAGCAGCUGCGCACACGGCAAGUGAUGGAGGAGAAGGACACGUCACCCACGGACAGCGAGUCCUCGGAGCAGGACGAGGAAGAUGAAGGCAGUUACGACAGUGAGGAAGGACAAAAUGGCAUCAAAGCUCCUUCCUCCAAGGAGCCUUCUCCGUGUACAGCCACCACUGGUCCCUCUCCAUCUUCUGUGGUGAAACUGGAGGCCAAUCAAAAGGCCAAGAAUAAGAAGGAAAGACAGGGAAUGCUGGGCACACCGACCACGCACGGCUCAGCGGGAGAGGUGAAAGUGAGGAAGAGGGCCCCCUGCAGGCCCGGUCCUGCCAUUGCAGCAAAGAGACACCCUGAGCUCUCGCCGCAGGAGGGGUCAAAGCUGGCACGCGGCUCCCGGGUACCGCCACACCAGCAGGAGGCACUGAAGUUGGGGAUGGGGGCCAGGGCUGGGUCCUGCGGGCGGGGCAGCGGCUUUCGUGCCCUGGGUUUGGCCGGUGAAAGGUUGAAAAACACCACUUGCAGGACCGCCGGGCUGCAGGCCUCUAUGAGCAAGAGGAUGGGCAGCUGGCCAGGCCUGGGCGCGGCCCCCAAGGGAAAGGAGCGAGGCAGGGGCAGGCCACGUAGGAACAAGCAGUCCAAGGCCCAUGGCGGAAGCCGGCUGCUGGAGAAACUGGCAGCGGAUGAGGGCUUCCAGAUGAACGAGGACAGCAGCUUCUCGGACGGGGACGAGGACGAGGAUGGUGGCGAUGGGGAAAACAUGCUGCAGUCGCACAGAGCGCCCCCCGCAGCCCUCCCGAAUUGUGUGCUGACCAAGGAGCUGCUGGUGGACGGCCUGAAGGUGCUCAUUUCCAAAGAGGACGAGCUGCUCUACGCAGCGUACGUGCACACGCUGGAGGUGCCCGGCAUCUACAGUGUUGUCAUCGACGGAGAGCGGGGACACCGGCCCAGGAUCUACUCCCUGGAGCAGCUGCUUCAGGAAGCCGUGCUGGAGGUGCGCCCAGAAACAGGCUCCAGGCUGACGACGGGGACGCGGGUGUGCGCAUACUGGAGCGAGCGCUCACGGUGCUUGUACCCAGGAUACGUGCAACAAGGGGGUCCUGGGGAGGAGCAGAAGGAAGGCAGCGUCAUGGUGGAGUUUGACGAUGGGGAUAGAGGGUGGAUCUCCUUGUCUAAUGUCCGCUUCCUUCCACCUGAUUACCAGAUCCACUGUGCAGAGCCACCUCCUACGCUCCUGGCCUCACAAAGUCGCAGAGGUCGCCGGAGCAUGGUCCUGGGGAAGAAUACACCGUCCAAUAUCUCCUCUGACCAACUGGACAACGCGGUGGCUGCAAGCGCACAGGACAUGAAGAACCCCAGUAAGACCAAGCCAGGCAAACCAAAAAGUGUCAACUCAGGAACAAAGAGUCCCACGUCGGACAGUGCGAAAGAGAGCAGUACCCCCCUUCUCACCUGGCCGGCGAUCGCUGUCCCCAGAAAAAAGCCCUCCCACAACUUCUUCCAGUUCAAUGGCACCCCUAGGAAAACAACUAAAGGGAAGGAUAUGUUCCCCCUCCUCAUGGGUUCGACUUCAACCCCAGCCAAAGGCAUCUUCAGAAGCACCUUUGAGGUGGAUUCCUUCAGCAGCAUUGCUAAUGGCUGCUCCUCCUUUGGCAGCCAGUCAGCCAUUGUGCCUCUUGGCCCUAAGAAUACUGCCUGCAGUCGGAGCAGGAGACCAGGAGAAGUCAGCACUCUUCGGAGUAAAAAGGCUGGUUCAGAAUUCCUGGUGAAGCUGGAUCAUGAGGGUGUGACAUCACCCAAGACCAAAAACAGCAAAGCCUUACUGUUGCUUGGCUCCUCAUAUCAGGGUAGCAGGAUGGACAAGGGAUUUGGGACUAAAGGCUUAGGGGACAUGUCUUCGCCGAUGGGACACUCACACCCAGUGCUGCUCGUCAAGGACAACAAGAAGGGUGGAAGCGCCCGUGCCGAGCUGCUGAAGAAGGGGGCCUCUCACCUGCGGAAGCCAUCUCCUGCCCUAGCAAUGGGCAGCUACUCAGACUUUGCCAUAAACUGCCUCACUGACUGCCACGGUUUCUACUCUGACAUGGACGAGGAGGACGAGGAGGAAGAUGAGGAGGGCAGAGCAGAGCUGGCUGCAGCCUCAGGCGGCCUGAGGACAGCGGGACGCUUCCUCUCUCGCCUCUCUGUGUCUUCCUCCUCUUCUGGGUCCUCCAGCUCAUCCAGCUCUGGCUCCUUGUCCAGCUCAAGCCUCUGCUCCUCUGACAACGACUCAUCCUACAGCUCAGAGGACGAGGAAGGCUCUACCCUGCUACUGCAGGGCUGCCUCUCGUCUCACCGUGCCCUGCUGCCGUCCACGGAGCCUCCGGCGCAGCGGACCUUUGUGGCAAAGGCCAUGGCCAUAAGCAGUUCCAAGGGAGGAGGGGUCAACAGCAACAGUGCUCACAACAGGCUGGUCAGGAGGAAAGAGUGCAUCAGCUCUCCCUCCUCACUCUUACCAUCCAAAAGCUCAAAGGAGCUUCCGAGGAGGGACAAGCUACCGUCAGCUAAUAGUCCACCCAAGAUGGCUCCCUUCCUUCCAGCACGGCAACUAUGGCGGUGGUCUGGCAACCCAACCCAGAGGAGAGGCAUGAAGGGCAAAGCACGCAAGCUCUUCUACAAGGCCAUCGUGCGCGGCCGCGACAUGGUGCGUGUGGGCGACUGUGCCGUGUUCCUGUCCGCCGGCCGGCCCAACCUGCCGUACAUUGGCCGCAUCGAGAGCUUCUGGGAGUCCUGGACCAGCAGCAUGGUGGUGAAGGUCAAGUGGUUCUACCAUCCAGAGGAGACCAAGUUGGGCAAAAGGCACAGGGAUGGCAAGCAUGCUCUGUACCAGUCCUCCCAUGAGGAUGAGAACGACGUGCAGACCAUCUCCCACAAGUGCCAAGUGGUCAGCCGCGAGGAGUACGAGCAGCUAAGUCGUGGCCGGAAGCUGACCCCCGACAGUCAGGACCUCUACUACCUGGCUGGAAGCUACGACCCCACCAGCGGUCAGCUGGUCACUGCCGAGGGGGUGCCUAUCCUGUGCUAGCAGCCCCCGAUAUUGCUCUCCUGGUGGCACUACUGAAAGACCUCAAUCAGAAAUGAUGGUCGACGAGCUGUGAUUUUUUUGCCUGACAGGGGACACUGUGAAGGGCAGGAGUUGUAACCGCAGACAUGCAACUGCCCCCUCUGUCAGAACUUCACCCUCUGCUUCCGCUACCCGCUGCUGGCACAGCGAUGGAGAGUGGUAGGCUGCUCGGGAAGUGAACCUUGGUCCAGCUGAGGCACGCCCCAUGGUGGAGCACGACGGCACUGCAGAAGAUGAGGAGCGGGAGUGGGAGAAAACCUCACGCUGUGUUGGUCCUGUGUUGGUCCCCUGAGAAGCCUCUGUCAUGAGCUGUUAACUACUGGAGCACGAUCAAAUGCAACCUCUGCAGGCUAAAUAGAGACAAAAAAAGACACAAAUGGAGUUUGUAAAAGGAGGUCCUCUUUGACGACUCGGCAGUACGGGUCUGUAGGUGCCCAGAACAACGGAAGGCACGGGUUAAGAUGUGGUCCGAACUGGCCGGCUUCGGAUCAUGGGGGUGCACUGGAAUUGUACAACUGGCACGAAGAGAAAGGCCUUGCAGGAGAGCAGGCCUUCAGAUGUGUACAGGAUACUGUCUAAACCACAAUUUGAGUAUUUAAAACACCUAGGCAACUCAAGUAGUCAUUAAAAUAAGUAUCCAAAUUUCGUCUACUUAAGAAUAACUGUCUGAGUAAGCCAUACAAAUCAGUACCUCUUGCCUAUUCGAAUUCAGGUGUAAAACUGUACAGAUCAAUGACUCUUUUCCACAUUUUUUAUACACAUAUCUCUGCAAAGAGAGACACUCGCCCCUCCUUUGAUGUUUUUCGAUCGCGCCUUUUAUUUUUCUAAUGGUGGAGCGUAUCGACUUAAGACCGUCCUGGUGAAGAUGAGCAGACGGUGGCAGAGGAGGCUAGCCCUGCCUGUGCCCGGCUGAAUCGAGACGGAGCACGGUGCAGAGUGCUGGUGGCAGUUUGGAACGACGACACGGGCAUAUUCCCCUGGGAAGAGGCUCCGAUCAGGAGCGAAGGAGCAGGAGAUUGCCUGCCAGCCUGGCUAUUUGUCCGCCUCAUUACAUUUCCUGUUCAUUUGUCUUUUUCUUUUGGCAACUAUUUAUUUUAUUUUUUUCAAAUCGCUAUGCUACUAUGAGGAGCAAAAAACUAAGAGACAGCUGCCUUGCCUGUACAAGAAGACAAAGACAAGGAAAAUGCAAAUCCUGAAACUUCACGAGGACACAUUACAAGCGCCAGUGACCGACAAACGAAGCGGCCGGCGAUCGUUUGCCGACGAGAUGCCGAAAGACGGUCUCUAUUGUUACUUACCGACCCUCAUAAAUGAGGACUAAGAGGGCCAGCCUGGUCUCUGUGGGUGUGCGUGAUUUUUCUCUGGUUUUGAAGGUCACUUUGAAACGUCAACACUUUUUUUCUGGCUUCAGAAACCAAAGGACCUGUAAGGUUUUCGUUAAAUUAUGAUAAAUUAAGUAUAUAAAAAAUCCAAUCAGAGUGUUGUAUUUUUGUUAAAUCCGGGAGCCUGCAAUCAGAUUGACGGACCUGAUUUAUUUAUGACUAAUUGACAAUGUUGAUUCUUACUUGUAUCGCGGGAGCACUCUCCAGCGUAAGCGUUACAUACCCGUAACGUCCCUGUUACGUUGCAGCAACGUUGAGAGAACCCAGCGCGCGUGCGUGUGUUUGCGUGUGUCUGUGUGUGUUUUGCUGUUUUCGCGUCGCAACCGGACCUGCGACUCUGGCACUUGUAGGCCCGUUACGGCCUCCUCUGUGUAACUGUGAAGGACAAUCAGACUAGCAGCGAUGUGGCGCAUUUUCCAAGGGGGCACGCAUAAUCAAACACGUCAUGUAUUUGGGUGUUUUUUUUGCCAAAACCAUUUUGUCAUUCUUUUUGUUGCUGUCAUUUAAUAUGCAAACUUGUAAUAAGUUAAUUAAGUGUGUGAAUGAGUACAUGUGGGGGACGGGGAACUGUUGUACAUUUUUUUGUAUGUUAGUGUUGGUGUUACGAACAUUGCAAACCAAAUAGCUUUAAAGAGAAAUCAGGGGCUACAUUAAAUGUCGCUUACCUUUUUAACUGCGGUAUGACCUAAAUGGUUGAUGUCCUAAAAUAAAACAAAUAUGUAUUUUACGCAAACUUACACUGGAUUCAUUUCUGAACAUUGUUUGAUAGCAUCAGCAGCGUGCCUUUAGGAGUGUCUGUGAUCCCCCCCCCCUCCCCCCACAGGAAGUGACAUCAUUGUGCAGCCUGAUUUUGAUACCCACAGGGAAAUACUUUACUGGUUUAUCAAAUUUUGUUGUUUAAGUUUUGUUGUUGUUAUUGGAUUAGCCAUUGCGGUCUGUGUUCCCUCUUGAUAAACAGCCAUGGUUAUUUUCUAACCUUGCUGUGUACUGUAAGCCUACAGGCCAUCUUAUGCUAAGUGAUUUAAAAAUUCAGUUUAUCUUUUUUUUGUACGUAUCAAAAAAAAAUCUCCAAGAGUUCUUUGUCUGUCUUAAUGUUUUAAGAAGGGCAGCACAUUUUUCAACAUUUUUUGCCUCCAUCUAAAGCUGUCAGUUUUAACAUUUUUAAGCUUAUUUUUAAAAAAGAAAUCUGCUUGUGAAAUCUGAUGUUGAAAAGCACUAACUGCAAGUAGCAGGUCUGUUUACCGGGGACUCGAGGGACUCCCUCAUUCUUUUAGUACAGGUGUCUGAAAGGUUGUCAGUCACUAUUAUAUAAUGGCAGCACUAAUGAUCACUGUCCUCUGUACCAUUAAGAGACAUUAAGAAACAAAUUCAGUUCAUACUAAGCCGCAAAGCUGGGUGACCAUAUUGCCCGUCCUCUCGCUAAUACCUCCUGAAUCAUACUGCUCUUUCUUAAUUUGAUUAGAAUCCAUGACAGAUCUGUGCUCCUGCUGCCUCUGUUAUUCUCAGUGUUCUGCUUUUUUAAAAUAGUUAUUGGAGGCACAGGGAGAUGGGCCCCCCCGGGAAGCCGGCCCGUGACGGCAAAGGCCGGAGGAGCCCCCCGACAGAUCCCCUCUGCCGCAUGUCUGCGUCAGACGCAUGUGUGAAUGACACUGGAUGAAGGGACACGAAUGUACUGAGGACUGAGUGUAUAAAAAAAACUCCAAUCAUGUAGACUGUGACUAUUUCUUUCCGGAGCAGAGCACCGGAAUCCGUAAAGGGGUGUAACUCCAAGGGGGGGCCUUCACAGACGAGCGCAGUCGUGCAGAAAAAGGGACUUGCCUUCUCCAGUCCUUUUUGAAUCAGACCGGUCAAAGUGUAACCCCUUGGUGCAUGAAGGUGGUUUUUAACGGGGCACGUGACGAUGCGAUUGGGCACAUUCUCAUGAGACAGAAGUGAUGUCACUGUGGCAAGAUCACACCCCCCCCCCCCCCCCAAAAGACACAGGUGCAAUACUAUUAUAACAUAUAGAAUUGCAUUGAUAUUCAGUCGUUAGGAUGCGAGGGCUUAAUGCAACUGUGAUGAAUUACUGAAGGAGAUGCAGGAACAUCUCUCCUUACAUGCCAUGUUAUUUAAAGUCACUAUUGACCGCGCUUAGGAGGGAAUAAGUUAAGGGUUAAGGCGUGUACCUAAAAAGCGGUAUUUCUCAGAGUUGCUAAAUAAAUAUAAAAAUAUUUUAACACUGAUUGAGAUUUUUUUGAGAGAUCGAUACUGGUAUUUUGUAAUUUCUUUGUUGUCGUUCCCCCUCGCAAAGGUGUUCCAUGUGGUAAAGAUGUUGUAAAGGUUCUACAGUGACGGCUCCGUUUCCAUUCCACACUUUGGGUCGACGUCAAAAUGGAGUUUAUGAACUAUGUAAAAGCAUUUCAGUAUUAAGAUUUUUAUAUAUGGCUUAUGAAUAAAGAUAAGAAAACCAUG